UCCUGUUGUGUAAGAUACAUUAAUUAUAAAAACACUUUAUUGUUACGCUUCAGUUGAGAUGUGGUGAAUAAAUUUGUUCAAAAGCUUUGGACAAUAUUUAUCAGUGAAUAUCAAGGGACAUAGGUCGUUUGUAUCUAAUAUCUUUUGUGAAAACGCGCCGGUCCAAACCUCGAAUAAUUCGUGUACGAACGUCAAAAGGGGAAGAUGACGUCGUGUGAUUACCGUAGCACUUUUUACAUCACGGAGACGUUGACGUGUGAAUUUGGCUGUUGUGAGCAUGGCUGCUGCUCGGAUGAACAGAUGAAGGAACAGUUAAAGAACAACCUAUCCAAAGGAGAGAUUGCGGCCUGUGUGCUGGCUCCGUUCACCUUUGUGGUGGUCCUCUACUUCGUCGUCUUCCUGUGUCGCCGCUGGAACAUGAACCGACAGGCUGCCAUUCUUAGGAACCUGAUAGAAGCGAGCAACAGACGGCCACAUCUUGACCUGAACGUGACGGGGGUCAAUAUCCAACCGUCGGCACCCGCAUCCCCUCCUCCGCUCUAUACCCAGGAACCAGAGGUCCCCUCGCCGCCGCCCGCGUACACACAGGUGGCCAUGGACAAUCAAUACACGCAGUCCGAACCGACGUUAGACACAAAUGGGCCCCACAACUUCCGGGGAGCGAGAUUCGCCGACCCCAAUAGAUACCGCCGGUUGAGCGAAGAUAUGUAGAAGAGGACAGGAAUGUUUCGGAAGAAAUACAGUGACCUAACAAUAUGUCAUUGACCUCACACAAUAUUACCAGACGUUGGGUGGAUGACAGCCACUCUGUAUUUGUCAGUGACUAUUGUUAAGGUAUUGAAUGAAAAAGAUUGAGUUACUCAAUAACAUGUACAAUUUUUGGACAACCGACGACAAACUAAAUAAAUGACUGGCAAUUCGCGCCUGGUUGUAAAGGCAUGCAUACGUCACCCCAUACCAAGUCUGGGAAUACAGCCUAUGCAAAGUUAUUUCAAGUCAUUGUUGAUCGCUAAACCUUUGUCAUGAAUAAUAUUAUGUGUUGUUUUUUCUUGUUGUGGUUGCUAUAUGUGUGUGUUUUGUUGUACAUUGCCAGUUGUAGCUUGAUGAUGACUCUUGAAUUAAUGCAAUUGGUAGCUGAAUUGCUGACGUGUUUUACGACACAGAAAACACUAUUACCGGUUGAUAUCGGCGAGGUGUUGUUACAAGAUGUCAGCGCACUAUAUGAAAAUGUAUGUUUAUUAAAUGUUUCCUGUUACGCUACCCCGAGUGUGUACUUUAUGUCAUGAUGUGAAAAAAUCUAAUAUUUUGUUUAGGCAUUAUGAGUUUCAAAUGUUGUUUAGUAAACUUGUAGUUAAUUGAUAAAGCAUUGAACAAAAUGUUAAACAUAAAAAAUCACCAUUCACUUUGCUGAUUUGUUCACUAAAUAAUUUAUAAUUGACGAUGUUACAUCAAACGUUGCAAUUUGGAUGCCAGAUGUAACCGAUAAAUAAGUUUGUUUUAACCUUAGCCGGUAGCUAAUUGACAAAGAUGAAAUAAAAACUCUUUAUCGAAUAUGUUAAUGUACCGCUUUGAUUAAAUGUGCAUUCGAACGUGUUGUUAACGCUCAAACGGUGAAAUAAAUCUUCUGCUCAA